AUGGGAGACAUUUGCGAGCUGACCGGCGAUGUCGUCCGAGCGAACAAGAAGGCCACCAUCAUGGUGGUUCUCUUCGUCCUGCUGGAGAUUCUUCUUUUGGCUCCGCCGUACGGGAGCGUUGUGCCCAUGGCCGCGGGAUUCGCCCUGAUGCUGGUCGUUGCGGUGGCGAUCCUCAACCGAUACAUUUGGAUCCGAAUGUUCCGCCCUAUGCUCCAGCUCGCGGGAAUGCCGCCGGUGAAAAGGGGCACUGGGGAAUGCUGCUGUUGCUGCCUCUGCCGUAAGCAGGACAACCGUCAGGUCCGAGCUCUCAGAGCCCUGUUCGUGUUGGUGUUGGUAGGCAUCUACGCGAUUACGCUGUCGGCCGUGGCUCUGGAGCAGCUUGUGGGCACCACCAACGGCAGGGACCCGCACCCCUGGAUGUACUUCAGCUUCCAGUUCGCGGGAGCCUUCGUCCUCCUCAUCGUGUCGGCCUGGUUCGUUGACAUCUUUGUCAUGACAUUCCGGGUUUCCCGAUACCUGUGGGGACGUUUCACGAAAAAAGGCGAUCAGGCCGCCGCCGCCACCGCCACAGGGCAACAGAAGUUUGCGCUCCCACUGUUGGCGUUUCCCCUGAUGUGGCUGGUGGUGUUCGUGAUCCUGGUUGCGGUGGCUUCGGUGCAGGGAUCGAGGGACCCCGUCACGCGCACGGUGGAGGUGCCUUUGGCGAAUCUCCCGGCGUGCCUGGACGGUUACAGCCUAGCCAUGGUCAGCGAUCUGCAUGCCGGGCCUACCGUGGGCAAGAGUGAGAUGUCUAGGCACGUCGAAGCCAUCAACGCGCUCGGCGCGGACGCCAUCGUGAUGGUCGGAGAUCUCGUAGAUGACCAGGUGGAGGACAUCGGUUCCAUCGUAGAUCCCAUUUCGGGCUUCAGCGCGCCGGACGGUCAAUUUUUCGCUUAUGGGAACCACGAAGAGUACACCGGACAGGCGAGGAAGUGGGGAGAGUUCGUCGCCGACCGAGGCUUCACAGUGCUCAACGACACGAGAAUCACCCUUCCUCCUGGUGCAGAGACCGCUAGCACUAGCAACAACGAGGGCUGCUUCUUCUACCUUGCCGGCGUGAACGAUUACGAGUCUGACCCUCAGUACGGCCCUGCGCUCGACGGGAGGGAUGACUCCGUAGCCACAGUGCUCUUGGCUCAUGAGCCCAUACAGGUGAAAGAGGCCUCCAAGUACAGCUCGGUGGGCCUGCAGCUCUCCGGCCACACACACGGAGGCCAGGUCUUCCCUUACCACGUUCUGGCCUACCUGAACCAGGGAUAUGUCUCGGGCCUGCACAAGAAGAGAGACACGUUCCUGUACGUGUCGGAGGGUGCGGUGGGCUGGGGUCCUCGCAUGCGUCUCUUGUCCACCACUGAGUACACCCUCGUGAUACUGAGGUCACCCGAGCUGUUCUCGAACGCCGACACGAGCGACACAGAGUCCACCAGAGCAACAGGCGCGGCCGGUGUCCUCCUUCUGCUGAGCGUACUGUACUGCCUGGGGUAUCCCGUGGUGAGGGCGUUUCGAAGAGCAAAGAGUGGGCAGGAGGACCCCGAAGGACGUGAGGAGUGGCGUUCGAGCGCGGCCGCUGUUGCGGCUGGUGACUACGCGACCUGAUGGCCGAAGAGGAUUCUUCUACCUAGUGUUUGCACGUCGGCAGACUGGGAAAGAGAAGGGGUGUGGAGGGGAAGAAAGGCAGGGGAUGCGGGGGGCAAGGUUUAGAGAAAGAGAGAGAGAGAGAGAGAGAGAGAGAGAGAGAGAGGGAGAGGGAGACAGACCCACACACCUUGCGUGUGUAACGGGGGGGGGGGCACACGGGGGAUGAUUUUUCAGCCGAUGAAAGUUGAAAGCUAGCGUUGAUGUGUUGUGUACAAAGUGUUUUUUCAUUUUUGUCAGUCCGUCGAGAAUCACCUUGCACACCGCCGUUUGUGCAAGAACACCUGCAGUACUGCGCUAACGUGAUCGAGUGCCGCGUGUUCUGGUAGUAUAUUGUAGGCUGCGUAUUGUUUUAAUGCGCGUUGGGUUUUGUCGGGUAGGCCAUGCACACUGCGAGCAGCCUAGAUUGUGUUCCGUUGUUCCACACCAACACGAGGGGUGGAAUACCACCGCCGUGAUUUCCAUUGUUUGUAUUGCUCAAACGUUUAGAGGAAUCACCGGUUGGUUGUAUGUCUUGAGGAGGUGUUGCGCUGGUUUAGGCGUCGCGAGAGGUCGCGGUAGGACGUUGUGGGCUAGUGAGGUCCCAGAAAUCAAAGCGCUAAACACGGCUGUUUUCGUGUGUCGUGUGUUUCUUGUUUUUUUUUUCGAGUUUUCCCUACGUCUGCCCCCCGUUAGUCCAUUCUCCCGAUGUCGUCAUUCCGACUGCGUUUUCUCGAUCGACGUGAGACUUCUUCUCUCUACUUGCAUGACAUGAGUAAUUUUCGUCAGAUGGUAAGAAAGAGGGCCAUACCCUGCUCUCGUUAUAGAGAUAGUCUAGUCUAUUCCCUGAAGUUUUCUUUCUCGAGUACAUGUAUUAUGACCUCGGGGCCGUUGUCGUUCGUUCGCUUGGGUACAACGCGACACGCUUCCUUUCCAGGAGGUUAACAAGAAGAGGCCUGCCUUUCCUCGUUUUCAAUCGCGAACUUCACGCCCAUGUGAGAGUUGGUGUAAACGUUUAAGUACUACUUUACUGCGGCUGCGUUUUCAGUGGUUACAGAUGAAGUGUUGCCACCGGUAGCAUGGGGUCAGGACU